CUUAAAAAUGCCAAUUUAUUUCAUUUGUUUUCUAAUACUUCUGGUGGUUCAAGGAUCACAUGCGAAUUCUGUUCUUAGUCGGUAUUUUAAUGAAGAAGAUGGCGUACCACUCGCAAGACAUCCUUUAGAAGAUGCAAGAGUUUCCGAUGCGGACGUCGGAAUGAAAUCGGAUCUAUUCAUCGGAACAUUCGGUGGACGCCCAAUUGUAACAAGACAAGAAAAUACUUUCAUCGAUCAGGAUGGAGUUCCUGUUCCGAUGCUGCCUUAUCAAAAAACAUAUCGCAACUCUGAUCAUCUGUCAGCACGCAGCAAAUUUAUGGAUAGAUCACGAGGCUUUCUUACUCCUGUCUAGAUGUUUUAAUGAUCUUAAACAAUAACAAAUGAUCUCUUAAUCAAAUAUUAUUUUUUGAACGAAUAAACGAAUAAGGGCGGUU